AUGUCUAGAUUUUGCAAGUACGCCGUCAUAUUGGGUCUCGUUUUCGUCAUCGAUCACGUGACCGGUCAGAAUAAUGGCGGUCCGCCCAGCAUGGAAAGUCAGCAGGCGAAUAAUAUGCUUCUCAAAAUGAUGGGUGCUGGCGACCCUCAGUCAGGCCAACGGCGCUCCAAUGAACCACAGGUGCUGCAACAAGCUCAGCGGACCGGGAUUCAACAACAGCCAGCCAAUGCAGCGCAAAAACCGAUUAAUCAUUUAGGAAAACCGAUUAAUCAGCCCAAACAGUCCACACAACCGGAUAACCCAUUCAUUUAUCCGAAUAUCGCGUCAAGACAACCGUUUAUGCCGCCAGCGAACGCAAAUAACGCCGGGCAGUUUAUGAAACUCUUUGAGCAGAUCAGGCAACUCGAAAACAGUCGACAUGGAGAGUGGCAGCGAGCAGAUUCUCAGCCGAAGAUGGAGCCGGAUUUUCAUGGCCAACCUUGGACCAACAGUCUUGCGCAGGCGUACAUGAUAGGCCGUAUGGCUGACAAUAUGGAAUUGGAAUUCGCAUGAAAACAUCGAUGCUUUUUGUUGUGAACAUUCAGUGGGCUUUUUAAAAAAUGUAAUCUUAGUUAACUGUGAACAUCCGAUGCCUAGAUGAAUGCACAUGCGAAAGUGAUUGAAAAUAAACUGUUAUCACGAUUCCACACUUGCAAUGUUAAAACCAGUCCACACUUGCAACGGCGUGCAAUAUGAAACUCGGCGCGGAUGCAUACCACUUAAAUCUCUCUAUGAUGUUUUGUUUUGUGCUUAAUGCUUUUAAAUACCAAUUACAAUAAUUUGUUUUUGUU